AUGACAGUUCACAAUAGUGGCAAUCAUCAUGCCAGCUCGGCAACAUCAUCGACGACGACGAUGGAGAAAACUAGAAUAAUACUCUCGGUCAGAGUACCAGAGCAAUCGACAACAAAGAAGAUAUUGUUUGAUCAGGUCGAGUCAGUUGAAGAGGCUGUCCAACUAAUCGUUGAGAAGCUGCCGCCUGGCUCCAUCGACAAUGCCAACAACUACAACAUCUACAUUCCAAACAAGUCCAAAUGGUGCAAGCGCGGUACGCCCUUCUCCAAGUACAAGCUAAAGGAAAUGCAAGAGAUAGAAUUCAAAAGAGAUACAAGAGGCAAUAUGUCACACUUGUUGACAUCGGUCGGACAGAUACUUAAGCCUUCAAGGACCAUUCAGAUUCAUUUGCCAGAGAUAUAUACUAUGGGCUUGUCCACAUCGACUUUGGACGAGCCCGAGAGGACGUCAACCACAUCCACCCCGCGAUCAAACUUGUCUUCAUCGUCCAUUUCAUUACGCACCUCUGCUGACAAGGUUCCCUCGCCAACAAUCACUGUACAGCGCCCACCCAUCGCUGUACCACCCAUCAGUAUCAACAACCUCAGCAGCAGCAACAUCAGUAAUGGCAGCGCCAGUGGCAGCGGCAACUCGUCGCCAAGUCUGGGCCGCGUCAACACAUCGGCCAUGCUGAUACCAAAGCUCAACCUCACUCAACUGUCGGCAUCGACUUCAAACUCCAACGCCAGCUCAGUAUCGUCGUCACCACGCGUCGCCCCAGUGCUGGAGCAUAGAAGAUCAUUAUUCCAGAUCAUUGGAAUAUCGCCACGCACCUCUAUUCCCUCGUCGCCACGCGUGGGUACACCGGGUGGCGGCAGUGGCGGAGGCGGUGGCGGCAACUCACCGUCCUUGUCCACACUGACAACACCACGCAACAUUGGCACAGUGGCCAAAACAUCGGACAUGCGUAUCGAGUCAUUCGAUGUUGACGAGAACACCUCGAUCAAGGAGUUGCUCCACAAGAUUUACGCGCGCUACCCUCACAUCGACCGUGAGAUGCUCGACGACUACAACCUGACCACAAAGGACGGUCUGUGGCUGUCAGACCGCGCCAAGACCAUUGGCGACUACACCGUGCAUCACAACGACGAGCUGCGAUUCAGUCGACAAUACCAAAAGGUGCGCAUCAUGUUCUUGAAUAGGGAGAUCGUGAUGCGUCUGACGCCCUCGGACACCAUGGCACAGAUCGCUCAAAAGUUGAUCGCUACGGCCAACUCCAGCCUGACGACCACGCGACCAAGUCGUUCGCCAACCAUCGCAGGGGGCACGAUCAAGACGCCCAUUCCAACAAUCAUCACAUCCACUGCGCCUUCAUCGUCGACGACGUCGUCGACUUCGUCCAACCUCAACAGCAGCAGGUCACAGCGAUCCAUGUCGGACUGUCCGCCACUCUCAUUCUCCCGCUCAAACACCAACUCUAUCAACUCUACUGAACAUGCCAUCGACACAAUCAAGCGCAAGAACACUCUGACGUCCUCCUCGGCGCCACCCCCUGUACAUAACAACACCUCGUCAUCAUCAUCAUCGUCCACAACUACAACCACAUCCACAACCAUUUCCAACAACAACAACAACACACUUACAUCAGAUCACAGUCUCCUCCUCAAUGGCAACAACAAUGGCAACAACAACACAGAGACAGCUGAGUUCCGUGACUACCGAUUCUACCUCUGUAUAAAGCAUCCAAACCCGACCAUCCAGCAUCGCUAUGAUUACGCCCUGCCCGAGGAGCGCACACUCGAGUCCUUCCAAUUCUGGAACAAUGUGCGUCUGCAAUUUAAGAAUGGCGGUGCCAACAGUUUGACGAGUGGCGCGUUGUUCUCCCGUCCAAAUAUCCGAGGCGGCAGUGAGGUGUGUCGCGCUCCCUUCUACCUGGCGGUUGAGGCGCCUGCUGAGCCGAUCAGCGCGUCCUGCGUCAUCGAAGUGGAGGCCACAUGCUCAAUCUCUGACAUUGUCUCGAGCUUCUCCAGGAUGAUCCGAUCGAACCCCAACAUCAAACUACAGGACAACUUGAAUGAGUAUGGAAUAUACUUGGACACGUCAGAGGAGGGUAAGGAGGGCAUUGAGUAUGGCUCGGCUAUAUUGUUGGACCCGUCACGUCUGUUGUCCAGCUACCCAAUCGACCCCAUGAACAAGUUGAUAUUCAAGCGCACCAACAAUCUGUUUGCGAUGAACCCGAUGCUGCUGGAGCAGUGUCUGGACGCCAGCACCAGCCUGACUGUACCCGCCUUCCUCGUGCAGCUCAAACAGAAGCUGAAGCUGAUCGAUGGCUUCAAUCAGGAGGGAUUGUUCCGCGGCCACGCAACGCCCGAGUCCACCAUGAAUACAAUCACAUUGGCGCUGGCCAAGAAAGAGUUGAUGGCGCCACCGACCACACCGGCACCCCUGCCGCCCACGUCGGCGCUGCGACGUCACAGCUCGCGCGAGCUGGACACUGGCUGCAUCGACGCGCAUGCCAUCGCAUCGUACAUCAAGCAUUGGUACAUGAAGCUGCCGUGCAAGGUGUGCUCCACGCUCGACGACGAGCAACUGACGAUGGCCAGCAGUGACGAGAGCAAGGCGGCCGACAUUAUCAAGGAGGCCAUUGCCGAGCCAUACCACUCGCUGCUCAUGUGGAUUGUGGGCCUGCUCGCGGACGUGGCGCAGUGUGCUGCCACCAACAAGAUGAACGUCAAGAGCUUGUCGGUGGUGAUGUCCACCAUCCUGUUGUCCAACGAUCAGCCCACCACUGGCGGCGGCGUUGGCGGCUCGUCCCUGGAGCGCCAUCAAAAGGCCACCACUCUCCUGCAACAUCUGAUCAAGAGUGCUUUGCGAGAGAAAGGAUUCAUUCCGCUGUCGUCAUCAUCGAUAUCGAUCAACAACACGACCAGUGCACACUCAUCCACAUCGUUCAUGUCGACCACCAGCUCCGUUUCGCCCAUCACAUCCUCACUCAUUUCCAGGUCACCUUCACUCACUGAUAUAAGUGAGGAUUAG